AUGUCUCUGCGAACAGCUAGAUCUUUAACAAUAGUAAUAAAACUUGGUACUUCGUCAAUAUGUGACGAGACAACGCAUUUGCCAUUAUUAUCGAAUUUAUCGUUAGUAGUUGAAACAAUAGUGAAAUUACGCUCCUUAGGACAUAAGGUAGUGUUGGUUUCAAGUGGUGCUAUUGGAGUUGGUUUAAGAAGAUUAGAAAUGGAUAAAAAACCAAAAAAAUUAUCCGCCGUCCAGGCUGUUGCAGCAGUUGGACAAGGAAGAUUGAUGAGAAUGUACGAUGAUCUAUUCAGCCAAUUAAAUCAACCAAUUGCGCAAAUUCUUUUAACUAGACAUGAUCUUGCUGAGAGAACGCAAUAUUUGAAUGCGGUGAACACAUUUGUUGAAUUAUUGAAUAUGAAAGUUGUUCCUAUCGUAAAUGAAAAUGAUACUAUAUCUGUUAGUGAAAUAAAAUUUGGAGAUAAUGAUACAUUAUCAGCUAUUACAGCAAGAAUGGUUAACGCUGACUAUUUGUUUUUGAUGACGGAUGUUGAUUGUUUGUACACUGAUAAUCCAAGGAUAAAUUCAAAUGCAAUACCAAUUAAAAUUGUUGAAGAUAUUGGAACACUAAAAGAUUCAUUGGGUACAGGUGGGAUGGUUACUAAACUUAUAGCAGCAGAUUUAGCAACAGCAGCAGGUGUGACCACAAUAAUAUCUAAAGGUUCAAACCCUAAAAAUAUUAUCAAAAUAAUAAAUAACCUAACACAAAAAGAUUCAGAUGUUGAGAGCAAUGUAGCUGUGGUGGAAGACGUUCCCUUGUAUACUAGAUUUUUAGCAAAAGAAGAUCCAAUUAAAGGUCAUAAAUGGUGGAUAUUGCAUGGAUUACACACAGCUGGUAAAGUUUAUAUCGACAAAGGAGCAGCAACAGCCAUUUCAAAGAAAGGACAAAAAUGUAGUUUGUUUUCUGCAGGAAUUGUAAAAGUUCAGGGUAACUUUAGUUCGAAUCAAGCAGUUCAUAUAGUUUAUGAGAAUCGGCCAAUAAAAGUUGGUGAACAACAACAAGUAGAUGAUGUAAAAGAUGAAAAAGAAAAUCAUAAUGUGAUUAAUAUUGGUAAAGGUUUGGUGAAUUAUAAUUCCAUGGAAAUUUCUAGAAUCAAAGGUUGCAAAAGUUCUGAAAUAGCAGAGAAAUUGGGUUAUACUGAUUCAGAAUUAAAUUAA